AUGUCGGUCACCACAAAAGCUACCAUCGCCUCCUUCGGCGGCAAGCUGCUCAAGCUUAGCCACAAUGCCACCACCACCCGUUGCGAAAUGUCUUUCAACCUCUACCUGCCUCCGCAGGCGCAAACCCAGAAGGUCCCUGUUCUGAUCUACCUGUCUGGUUUGACUUGCACUGCUGAGAACUGCUCUGAGAAGGGCUUCUUCCAGCAUGGUGCUAGCAAGAAGGGCAUUGCUGUGCUUUACCCUGAUACCAGUCCCCGUGGUCUCAAGAUUGAGGGCGAGGAUGACUCUUAUGACUUUGGCUCCGGUGCUGGCUUCUAUGUUGACGCAACCAAGGCUCCCUACAAUGCUGGCUAUAACAUGUACAGCUACGUCACUGAGGAGCUGCCCCAGACUGUCUUUGCUGCUUUCCCCCAGCUUGACUCUAGCCGCGUAUCUAUUACCGGUCACAGCAUGGGUGGCCACGGUGCCUUGACUCUGUUCCUCCGCAACCCCGGAAAGUACAAGUCCGUCUCUGCCUUCGCCCCCAUCACCAACCCCAUCAACUGCCCCUGGGGCCAGAAGGCUUUCAAGGGUUACUUCGGCGAGGACCAGCAGCAGAAGUGGAAGGAGCACGACGCCACUGAGCUUCUGAAGAAAUGGUCCGGCGGUCCCCUCGAUAUCCUAAUUGACGUGGGCACGGGCGACAACUUCUACAAGCAAGGUCAACUCCUCCCCGAGAAUUUCGAGGCCGCAGCCAAGGAGGUCGGCCAAUCCGGCUUGACUGUGCGGUACCAGCCGGAUUACGAUCACUCCUACUACACAAUGGCUUCCUUUGCCGAUGACCAUGUCGAACAUGCGGCGAAGUACCUCUUUGCAUAG